AUGAAAUUAGGAUAUAAUGAAAUAAUGAUAACAUCAAAGUAUUUUAAUGACAUUAAUGAUUUUAUUAAUUUAGAAAUGGGAGUUAAAAGAUUUCAAGGAAAUAUGGAAAGAUUUCAUUUUAAUCCAAUUCCAUUAAAUCAUUAUUCAAGAAAACUCUUUCCUAAUAUUGAAACAUUUUAUAUUUAUAAUUAUAAUGAUGAAAUAUUUAAAGAUGGAAGAAUAUUUAAACAAGUGAUAUGGUAUACAGUAAAUUAUUCAACAUAUUUAAAAGAAAAAGAACAAGGAAAUAUCUGUAAAAAUAUAGAAUAUACAAAAUCGGAUAGAAAAUCAUAUGGAAAUACAAUACCAUCAGAAGUUAAAUCACUUGGAUAUGAAUGCCUUAGUUAUUGUGAUUCAUUAAAAUCAAUUAAUAUACCUUCAUCAAUUAAUGAAUUAGGAAAUUAUUGUUUUAAUGGAUGUAAAUCAUUAAAAUCAAUUAAUAUACCAUCGUCAAUUAGUUUUAUAGGAGAUGAUUGUUUUUCAGGGUGUUUAUCAUUAACAUCUAUGAAUAUAGAUAAUAUACAAUUUAUAAGUGAAGAAAGAAUAUUUAUGAAUGAACCAGUGUUAGUUAGUUUGAAAUACCAAAAAC